GACGAAGGAGGACAACUGGGACGCACGCGCCAGUUUGCUGCCCUAGUCACGUGGAGGGGUGGAAGAUGGCGGCCGCCCAGGCGGUGCAAGAAAUGCGGACCCGCGUGGUUCUAGGGGAGUUCGGGGUUCGCAAUGUUCAUACCACCGACUUUCCCGGUAACUAUUCCGGCUAUGAUGAUGCCUGGGACCAAGACCGCUUCGAGAAGAAUUUCCGUGUGGACGUAGUGCACAUGGAUGAAAACUCAUUGGAGUUCGACAUGGUGGGAAUUGAUGCAGCCAUUGCCAAUGCUUUUCGACGCAUUUUAUUAGCUGAGGUGCCAACCAUGGCUGUGGAAAAGGUCCUGGUGUACAACAACACAUCCAUUGUCCAGGAUGAGAUCCUUGCUCAUCGCUUGGGGCUUAUUCCCAUUCAUGCUGAUCCUCGUCUUUUUGAGUAUCGGAACCAAGGGGAUGAUGAAGGCACAGAGAUAGAUACUCUGCAGUUUCGGCUUCAAGUCAGGUGCACACGGAACCCCCAUGCUGCUAAAGAUUCCUCUGACCCCAAUGAACUCUAUGUGAACCACAAAGUGUACUCCAGGCACAUGACAUGGGUGCCCCUGGGGAAUCAGGCUGACCUCUUUCCAGAGGGCACGAUCAGACCCGUGCAUGAUGAUAUCCUCAUUGCUCAGCUGAGGCCUGGCCAGGAGAUUGACCUACUCAUGCACUGUGUCAAGGGCAUUGGAAAAGAUCAUGCCAAGUUUUCACCUGUGGCAACAGCCAGUUACAGGCUCCUGCCAGACAUCACCCUGCUUGAGCCCGUGGAAGGGGAUGCAGCAGAGGAGCUGAGCCGAUGCUUCUCACCUGGUGUCAUUGAGGUGCAGGAAAUCCAAGGUAAAAAGGUGGCCAGAGUGGCCAAUCCCCGGCUAGAUACCUUCAGCAGGGAAGUGUUCCGGAAGGAGAAGCUGAAGAAGGUCGUCCGCCUUGCGCGGGUUCGAGACCAUUACAUCUUCUCUGUCGAGUCAACAGGGGUGUUACCACCAGAUGUGCUAGUGAGUGAAGCCAUCAAGGUGCUGAUGGGGAAGUGCCGACGGUUCUUGGAUGAACUGGAUGCAGUUCAGAUGGACUGAGGUUUGCCCCGGACUUACUGGCAUGGCUGGCCUCGGAUGAUCCUGAGCCAAGCUGAAGAUCUUGGGUCCUGACCUGACCUCACAGGCCUGCUAGAGUCUGGUGUGACUGGAGAUCCUGGGUUUUCUGGGACAGUUCCAGUCUUAUUUUCAGUCAGUAUGUUGCUAAAUAUGCCACAAAAUGUGACCUCGUGCCUUUGUAAGGCCUUAAUGUAAAUAAAUUCACAUCCAAAUAAAGAUCCUCUUGUCAGAGACUA